ACUGGUUUUGCAGAAAACCGAGACUUCAAGAGCCAUGGGCAAAAAUCCUUUUAGGCUUUUUACCAGCUCGAUGUGCUCUAUAAAACGAGGUAUGAAUGAAGGAAAUCGGAGUUGGGCACCUGGGGCGGUUCCCUCGUAAGAUCCCAUCCCGUCGAUAUCAAAAAACUGUACUAUGUCGUACCGUAUGCUUAGAAAGUCCUGCUAUACCACGGUAUGGUACGGUGUGUUCUGGUCCUCCGUUCACCUCUGAUGCUUAUGAAAAUCUUUCUUUUAUCUUGAAAGAAUUUGUCUAUAUCAGAAGUAACUAAAAACUACUAACUGUCAACUUUUGAGACAACAUACGAUUCUCUCUCACUCACCUUUACAACAGCAGAUUACAACUAUUUCAAUGUUUUUCUAUCUAUGUUCACGAUCUAUUUUCCUUUUUGUAGAGUAUUUCGUCAUACAAAAUCGUUGAACAUUGACUCUGAUUAUUGUGGUCGUUGUAUGAAUAAAUUUGAAUUAUUAAUGAAUGUUAAAAGUCAAAAACUAAAUUCUAGUGGUAACGAUAAAGAAGAUGAAAAUAAAAUUAUUAUUCACCAAAAACAGUUUGAUCAACCAUUACGUACACCGAAUAAAUAUAAUUCAUUUGUUAAAAAUAAUUUUCAAAAAUUUAAACAAUUAAAUCCUCAAUUAUCAACACCAUUACUAAUGAAACAAUUAAGUGAAGCCUAUAAAACAUCAUCAAUAACAAGUGAACGUACAAAUGAUGAAAAUGACAAUGUUUAUUCUAAUGAAAAUCAUUUUUGCGCUAAUUCUAGAGAAGCAGAAUUAGCUAGAGAUGAUGAAAAUACCGCUGCACUUGUAAUUCAAUCUUAUUGGAGAGGUUGUCGUGUUCGACGCCAUAUUAGAUAUUUGAAUCGUUGUGCAACAGUUAUUCAAACCUAUUGGCAUGGUUUCAAAGCUAAACAAAUUUAUCGUCAAAGACUGAAAGAAGAUGUAAUUAACACGAAACUGAAGUAUUAUGACGAUUAUGCAACUAGGAUUCAAAAAAUUUGGCGUGGUUAUUAUAUUCGAAAAUAUAUAUUUAACUAUUAUAGUCGAAAGAAAUAUUUCAAUAUAUUAGAACAGAAAAAUGAACAAGUUCGAUUUGAAUUACAUGAAUAUCGUGAAUAUUUGGAACAAAAAGAAUUAGAACAACAUCGAAUGAAAAAUUUACAAAAAUUAGAAGAAGAAGCAAAACGAACACAUUAUUUAAUGAGUACAAAAACAUGUUCUGGCGUUUAUAAUUCGAAGUUUUUACAUGCACCAAAAGAAAUGGAAAUUAUUUUGAGAAAUAUAAAGUUUGAUUUACCAAAAUUACGUCAACAAAAAGGACAACAAACAGAUGUGGCAUCAAUAGUUCUUCCACCAUUAAAUCCAAAACCACAAGGACCAUUUCGGUCACCAGACGAAGUUCGUUAUCAACGUUAUCGUUCAUUAAAACCAUCGUUAAGAUGCGAGUCAGAUUAUUAUUCAGCAGAAAAAAUGCGUGAAGAAUUAAAAUUACAAGAAUGGACAGAACGAAUUCACGAUGAGACUUUUAAAUCAGGUAUAAAUAGAGACAAACCGUAUCAACGAUUAUUGACUGGAACAGAAGCAUUUAGUGAAGAAAAAUUAUGUUUUCGUAGUGGAAUCGAUAGAAAAAGAUGGAUAAGUGAAAAACCCGAAGCAUUAAUGUUAACAUGUGUUGAUAGUCGUGUUGUUGCAUCACGUUUAACUCAAGCUGUUCCUGGACAGUUGUUUAUUGUUCGUAAUCCUGGUAAUUUAGUUCCAAAAUAUAGUUAUUUUGAGAAUGAUACCACCGUUGGAGGUGAAUGUGGAGCUCUAGAAUUAGCAUGUUCAAUGUAUAAAGCAGAAGCAAUUGUGAUUUUUGGACAUUCUGAUUGUAAAGCUCUAAAUUUAUUAUUCUCUAUUCGUGAUCAAAUGACAUCACCGCCACAAGGUCCUCUAGAAAAGUGGCUUAAAUUACAUGGUUGGGAAACUGUACAACAAUAUAAAAAAUUAGAACAAGAUUUUACAAAAAAAUUAAAAUUUCAAGGUUCAAUGCAAGCCGUUGAAUUUGAAGCAUUUAUUGAUUCAGGAAAUAAUUUUGCUGUAGCAGAUAAAUUUUCUCAAGUAAAUACCUUGCAACAAUUGAAAAAUUUUUUAUCUUAUCCAUUUUUGGAAGAACGUUUAAAUCGUGGUGAAUUACAAGUACACGCAUUAUGGUUUGAUAUUUAUACUGGCGAUGUGUACAUGUUUAGUUUUGAGGAAAAAUGUUUUGUUAAAAUAGAUGAACUAUCGUAUGAAAGAUUAACACAUCAAUGUUUAGCAUGUUAA